GAGAGAGAGAGAGAGAGAGAGAGAGAGAGAGAGAGAGAGAGAGAGAACACAGGAAGAGAAUUUUGACAAACUGUCUGCUGAAGUGAUGGGAUUUUAGUGCUACAGAACAUACACGAGUUACACAAUGUUUUAAAUGUAAGCGCGGACGAACCAGAAAGGUUUAAACACACACACACACACACACACACACACACACACACACACACACACACACACACACACACACACACACACACACACACACACACACACACGCACGCACGCACCCUGAAGUUACCGUGAGGACUUUGCACUGAGCAGAGAGAGGAGUGCGAUGUCCCGACAGAGCUGGGGGUUCUCCUCUUUACGUCUAAAGAGUAAACGGACGACAGAGGACACAGAUGCGUUUCAGAGGAGAGGGAGACUCUUUUCUUCUCUUAGGGAGGAUCGCAGACAGAAACUGUCCAGCGUUUCUGAAGAUGGCGGUGCUGCUGAAGGAGGAAAGCAAAACAUCUCAAUUGAGAAUGAAACAGAGAUAACUAAAGGUACCGUUUUCCAAGGUGAAGAUGAGGAGCAGGAUAAAGGAGCGAUGAAGAGGCUGAGCACCAUGUGGAUGUCUGUUAAGGGCAAAAUGAGCCGAGACAGAGGUCUUAAGGAGCCCGAGUCACCACUGAGCCCAGACGCAGCUCCUGUGGAUGAGCAGCAGAGGGAAUUUCGCUACGCCAGCGGACAGUUCUUCUUUGAGUACCUGGUGGUGGUCAGUCUUAAAAAAAACAAAAACGGAACCUAUGAGCCACAAAUAUCAUACCAGUUCCCUAAGAGGGAUGGUUUGGUGCGUUUUCAGAAAGAGGAAGAGGAGAAGACGCUGAAGGCCAUCACACUCUUUUGUUUUCCAGAAGGCAUUAAUUGGGCUCCACUGACAGAAUAUUCCAGUGAGACGUUCUCCUUUGUCCUGACUGAAGUGGACGGCAGCAGGAGGAACGGUUACUGCCGCAGGCUGCUGCCUCAUGGAAAUGGCGCUCGUCCACCCGAGGCGUACUGCAUCAUCAGUAAAGUGGCCUGUUUCGGUCUUUUCUCAAAGAUCUUUGACGAGGUGGAGAAGCGGCGUCAGAUCGCCAUGGCGAUGAUCUACCCGUUCAUGCAGAGUCUGCGUGAGGCUCCUUUUCCUGCUCCAGGAAACACUGUGCAGAUCAAGAGCUUCAUCCCUGACUCUGGCACUGAGAUCAUCAGUCUGACACGCCCCACAGACUCGUGGCUGGAACAUGUUGAUUUCCGCACGUUGUUCCGUUGUUUAUCGGAUGAAGAAGUGCUGCAGGUUUUUGCUGCUACAGUGUUGGAGCGCAGAAUUGUUUUCCUUGCUGAGGAGCUGGGGACGUUGUCUCAGGUGAUCCACGCUGUCUCUGUCCUCCUCCAUCCCUUCAUCUGGCAGCACACACUUAUCCCCAUUGUGCCCCAGAUCCUGAUUGACGUUGUCAUGGCGCCCACUCCAUACCUGCUGGGGGUUCAGAAGCGCUUGGCUGAUGAGGCCAUCGAUCAGGGGGAUAUGCUGGUUGUUGAUUUGUCAGAGGGUCGUAAGGAAACGUUCAUCAGACGAAUCGGAGACGAAGACUCGGUUCUGCCUCACAAACUGAGGGAGGAAAUCCUGCAGGCUCUGAGGAGCAGGAGCGAGAAAUCCAGUCUGGAGGAACUGAACUGCAUCGUCCCUGAAGCUUUCCUGCCGUUUUUCAUCAAAACCGUUGGCCAUUUUUCCAAACACAUGGUGAGGAACGGUGCAGACGCCACAGCGCACUUCCAGAAGAGGAGCUUCUGUAAAGCCAUCGAGUCCAAAAGCAUUCGACAUUUUGUAAAGAAGUUUGUUCAGACACAGAUGUUUGACCUGUUUAUCCAGGAAGUGGAGCAGAGACCCACCUCCCAAACAGGUUUUUUUGAGCGGAAGAUCACCGAGUAUCACAGGAAGAUGAGAGAGAAAGCAAAGAAACACUAAAACUUUAUAAAUGUGUAAAAUAUACAGAAGCUGGAUGUCAAUAAUGUAGACUGUAGAUAGAAAAUGUUCAUUAUUUAUCUAAGUUCUAUUGUAAAUUUGGGGCAUGUGUGUAUAAUGGCUUAUUAGUAAUUGUGUGUGUUUAAAAACUAUAUCAUCUGUAGUGUGUGUGUGUGUGUGUGUGUGUGUGUGUGUGUGUGUGUGUGUGUGUGUGUGUGUUAAAAUAUUAUUUUGUAUUUUACUUUUAAAUUUUGGACAAUUUAAAUUGAUAGUGACAGGUUUUCUAAAACUGAGCCAUAAUAAAACUUUUUUUAUAAUGUGGA